UCUCUCUCUCUAGGCAAGCUGUAGCGUCCCAACAAUGGCGGACUAUGGCAGUGCGAUCUCUCUCUCCCAGGGUCGAGACCUUUCCCACACCUCCGAAGACGACGACUCUGAGCACAGCGCCCGUAGCGUGCCCAAUCUCUCUGCAGCACCACCUGGCCCAGCUGGCUCAUCACCAACGUCCAAGCACAAGAAAACUACCGCCAUCAUCGAGUUUGGAUCGACCCCUGAGGUUUCAAAGAAACCCAGAGGCCGACCACCCGGCUCCAAGAACAAGCCCAAGCCGCCUAUCAUCAUCACCAAAGACAGCGACUCCGCCAUGAAGCCAGUGGUCCUCGAGAUCUCCGCCGGCUCCGAUGUGGUCGAGACGGUCAUGCAGUUUGCGCGCAGGCGACACGUGGGCAUCAUUGUUCUCAGCGGGUCAGGCUCCGUGUCCAACGUGACUCUCCGACACCCCAUGUCGCACGCGCCGAGCCUUGCCCUGCAUGGACCCUUUAGCCUCCUCUCUCUAUCUGGAUCAUCUCCUCCUCCUCCUCCUCCUCCUCCUGCUGCUGUUUCUUUUGCUUCUUCUUCUUCUUCUUCUUUUGGGAUAUGUCUUGCAGGGGCACAAGGGCAAGUGUUUGGAGGGAUUGUUGGGGGGAAGGUUGUGGCGGCGAGUCUAGUGGUGGUGGUAGCUGCCACGUAUACCAGCCCGGCGUUUCAUAGACUUCCCAGUGAAGCUGACGAAGCUGUCGAAGAGGCUAAGCCUAACAUUGGUGGAAAUGCAAGUGAGUCCAAUUGCAGUACUAGCAGUAAUGCCAUGUGCAUGCCUGUUUACAGCGUUGCUAGCCCUACCCCACUCAACUGCCAGAUUUCUCCUGAUGUCAUGCCCUGGGGUCCCACCUCUCGCUCUCCUUACUGAUUUUACAAGUUGAAGAAGGAAUUAAUAUAGAGUUUGAGGAUUUUUCUGUUGAAUAGAAAACCAUUCCGCUUUUGAAAUGGUUUUCGCUUUGUAAUUUUGUCUGAGACAAUAGACAUAGCCUUAUCUAGAUGUUUCUUAAACUUU